UGAAAUCUGUGUCUCUUGCGACGGCCGUUAAGUUAACUGUCACUCCCGCCUUUCGCUUUGUUCUCUCUCUCUCUCUCUCUGUGUCUCUCUCGAACACACCCAUUCGUUUAUUUAAGCACUUUGAGGAUCAAACAUGUUUCUUCCUCUUGCACUCUCUCAAGCAUCUGAAACGGUGCUUGAGAGAUUCUCACUUCACUCCCCUUCGCUUUUAGUAAACCCCCCGACGGGUUCUGGUUCUGGUCCGAGAUCGAGCAUUCGUCAAUGGCGGGGGAUCCAAUGUCCGACGCUGACGACUCGUUCCAUGACCCUUACGACGGUCCUUUCACCGACGAAGAACUCUUCAAUAUCAUCUCAGACCCCGACCCCAGUCUCCUGGAUUUGUCUCUGAAUGAUCCAAUCAUUGGCGAUGCUAACCCUCCUCUUCCUCCUGCACCAAUGGAGACAAGCAUUAAUGUUAACAAUGUUGUUGGGGACCCGCCAUUGCCCGAAUUCCCUCACGGAUCGACUAACGAUCAGACUCUGUCGUGGACGAGGAUCGGAAUGUUGGGCGAUGAAGCCGUUGGAAAUGUCGGAGAUGGCAACAACAAUCUCGAAGGGAGUAGUUGGGAGAUUAGGGGUGAUCAUCUCCAUCAACAUCAACAUCAUCAGCAUCAGCAUCAUCCUCCUCAUCCUCACGAUCAACAUCAAUAUCAAUAUCAACAACAACAACAACAACAACAACAGCAGCAGCAGCAGCACCAGCAGCAGCAUCAACAUCAUCAUCAUAAUGCUGAGAGUUAUGAAGCGGGUGAGUCGUCUUCGAUGCCAGUCUCUGUUCGUCCACCACGGGGGGAGGGAGGCGCUUUCGUGUGCAAUUGUUGCCAACCCCUUCGAGAACUCAUUCACACCAAUGGUCAAGAGGUUACGAGACUUGAUAUCCACGGAAGAAUCGGGAUGAUCUGCCACGCGAAUCUCAUCAUCCAACCGGACAUAGCAACUUCCGAGGAGUAUGGAUACCAAACAUUCCAUUUCGGUAACCAAAGCAACGAGGAAGUGAAGGAGUUCUUAGAGCAGUACUGUGCAGAGAGGGCUCAGGCCGGUUUCUGGAUGGUUCAAGAUUCGCUCGCAUCUUUCUAUCAGAUGAUGAGCAUUGGUCUAGACAUGGACCCGCACGGCUUGGAGCCUUUCGACACCGGUUUGCAAAACUCCGCUUCUGAUGUGGUAGUACCGAUAGCGUCAACGUCUGCCGCCACUGUGUCUGCUGCGCCUGCGCAAGAGGAGCCGCCGCCGGUGAAGAACGAGCAGGCGGGACCGUCAAAGGAACGAGAGAAGAAGAAAACUCCUCUCGCUGCUCAGAGGGAAAGAACGGGGAAGCUAACGCUGAAGGACAUUGGAAAAUACUUUCACCUUCCGAUAGAAGAGGCGGCCAGGACGAUGAAGCUGUGCCCUACGGUGGUCAAGAAGAUUUGCAGGAGAGGAGGGUUAGCAAGAUGGCCUCACAGAAAGAUAAAGAGCGUGGAGAGGAAGAUGUCGACGUGGAGGAGUGUGAUAAGGACGACAAAGAAGCCGGAGGAGAGGGCUCGCGCUGAAGCCGAGAUCCAAAAGCUCGAGGCUGAGAUCGAUAAGAUUCGUUCUGACGCCCUUAGAGACUUUGAUUAAUUACUAAUUACUUUUCUUCAUAUUGGUUGGGGGGGCAAAACACGUUGUAAUAUUAAUUAAUUAUAAUAACAUGCCUCCUCCUCCUUAAUUUGUAGUGACAGAAACAAACGGAAUCGAUAAAUUG